AUGCCAGGCCACAUUCAAUUUGCCGAGUCCGUUGCAGAGAAGAAAGAUGCACGACUCUCGCGACGAGACACGAGAGACAGCUCGACGAUCGACAAGGGGUCCAUUCAUCGACCAUCAUCUCCGGGAAGUGAUAUUGUCUAUCUGACAGGAUGGAGGCUCAUCCUCACAGCAAUAGGGCUUCUCAUUGGUUUCUUCUUGUCAAACUUGGACGUGACCAUCGUCAGUUCCUCCCUCACCAAUAUCACCGACAGCUUGGAAGGAUUUGAGAAGCGAAGUUGGAUCAUUACCGGAUACCUGGCCACAUACACUGGCUUUAUGGCCAUCUGGACCAAAGCGAGCGAUAUCAUCGGACGCAAACAUACCACCAUUGCUGCACUCGUGAUUCUGCUCGCUUUCUCUAUUGGAUGCGGUUGUGCGCAGACCGUGAACCAACUGAUCGUUUUUCGAGCACUACAAGGCAUCGGAGGAGCCGGAGCUUAUGCACUAGCUAUACUGUGCAUUUAUGAGAUCGCUCCCAGGACGAAGCUCCCCACCUACAGUGCCAUCAUGUCAUGCUGCCUGGCUCUGGCCUGCUUGAUCGGCCCGAUCGUUGGAGGAAUCCUUGCAGAAGUCUCGGCUUGGAGAUGGGUUUUCUUCAUCAAUGUCCCCCUCUGCGCGAUCGCCAUCGUCAUAGUACUUGUCGCAAUGCCCAAGAACUUUGGCCUUGAUCAGCACAAACCCUCAUUCAGAACCAGGGCUUCCUAUCGAUCAUUCGCUAAUCUCGAUCUCGUGGGGUCCCUUCUCAUCAUUAUCGGCUCUUUCCUGAUCGUCACGGUCUUUAACGAGACCAAUCUUGCAUUCUCCUGGUCUUCGGGAGCCUCGAUCGCCCUUCUGGUGCUGACGGGAAUUUCAUGGAUCGCCUUCUUUGCUUGGGAAAUUUACAUCUCCGAUAUUCCCGGCAAAGAUCCAAUCUUCCCCAAACGUUGGUUCUUUGAUAGGCCCUGGCUGGGAGUUCUCAUAACAUCCUUCGUGACGGGUGCACCGUUCAAUGUGGUCUUGGUGUAUGUUCCGCAACAAGCCCAGAUUCUACUGAACAAAUCACCACUGGAUUCGGGUGUCUAUCUCAUUGGGUACUCGGCCGUGGCCGCCGCGGCCGCAGCGCUCGUCAAUUUUAUCAGUGCAAAGGGUCGCAUCCCUUUCAUCUAUUCUCUCUUGGUGGGGUGCAUAGUCCACACGGUCGGUGUGGGACUUCUUUCAACCAUUGCCUCGUCCGAAGGCUUCCAUGCCACAGAUGUUGGUUACAGCGUGAUAGCCGGAGUGGGGAUCGGGAUCAUUCUGGGCGUUUUGAUGCUCUGCACACCCUACAUUGUCGAGGACAGGGAUCUUGCCAUUGCAACUGGAGCUGUAGUUCAAUUCCGAUUCCUCGGCGGUGCCAUCGGACUUGCUAUUGCCUCCAAUAUUCUCAACGGCCACCUGUCGAGUCACCUGCAGGGUGUAUUCAAGCCCCACGACCUCCACAUUCUACUGGAGAACGUGGACAUGAUCAAAGCACUGGGCCCGGCUUUACAAAAAGAGGUCAGGGACGUGAUCGCGGCAAGUUACAUGACACAACUUCGGGUGAUGAUUGGGUUUGCUGCCGCCCAGCUGCCCGCGGUGCUGUUUCUGUUGAGAAGAGGAAAGCGGCAAUUGACGGCCGAGAGACUGGCCGCAGACUGA